UUUUCUGCUUCACUAUCCACAUUUAUUAACACGUUAAUGUCAAUUCCUCGUCUUUUCCCAACCUUAGUUAUUCAUAUCGCUACGUGGCUUGUCAGUCUCGAAUGUUGUUAGCAAGUUAUGAAAGGCAGGCGAACACUUGAAGGUAACGCCAACUGGUAUUUGUGAGUACAGUGAGAUUCAUCAUGAAGUGGGAAUAAGAUGACGUCACCUUUGCGUCUUCAGAAAAGGGGCAGUUGCUGACGUCAUACAUUGUGUGUUCUUCUCAUGUUAUCAAACAAGGAGCGCUGUGUGGCAUCACCACGGCCAUCUUGGGCCAUGCAGCUGGAAGCGCAGCUGCGUCUCUUCCAGAGUUGUCUUUGGUGCUACAAGAAUGGAUUGCGUCUCUUAUCCUGGAGUGCUGCACCAAGAAAAGGUGCCAACUACUAUGACCUGCUGGGAAUCAAACACGAUGCCACCUUGGAAGAAAUCAAAAAUGCAUUUUUUGACAAAUCUAAAAAGCUGCACCCAGACAGCGACCCCUCUAACCCAAUGCUGCACAGCCUGUUUGUGGAGCUGAACGAGGCCUACCGCGUGCUGAGCAAGGAGCCCAGCAGGAAGGAGUAUGAUUUCAAAAUCAGACAUUCCUAUGGUGUAGGAGGAGGAGGCCAGGCCUUCAGGUCGGCAUCCGGUCACACGAGCUAUGGAACCAGUAGCGCAACGGUGCAGGACAACAUACGUUACUGGGAACAACUAUAUCAGUCCCACACCCAGGAGAUGUCGGCGGAGGAGAGGGAGCGGCGGCAGAGGAGAAACUUCCGGCUGGUGGGCUACUGCUUCCUCACCAUGGCGCUCAGUGUCGGGGCGCACUUUGUCUUCUUCAGGAAGCUGGAAGAGGUCCACAACAACUUCAUGGACGAGAAGGAUCGAGUUAUCACGGAAAUCUACAACGAAUCCAAAGAGAGAGCCAGGGUCAACGGUUUUAAGAAGCAGACAGAAAUCCUGCGGCAGAAACACGCCGAGUUUAUGGAGAAAUACAAAAUGCGCAAUGGCGGAGAGAAGUAGGAGACUUCACUCAGCUGCCCGUUAGUUUGUAGACUUCUAUCAAAGAUUGGCACAAUAGUCCAACUAUUGUAGGGAUUAGAAAAGUCCAUUAUUAAAGUGGUUAUGUUCUAUACAACACACGUCAUUAGCCUUCUUGGAGCCACAGUGUGUGUUAUAUGAAUUACUCUCCUUACUGUGUGUGUGUGUGGUGUGAUGAAAUCUCAUGCUUGCUGUUGUAAAGGACAAUCAAAGGGCAUGGGAUGUCCCCACGCUUGGCCACAUUUCAAGAAGAAACUGAAGUGUCCUUAUCAAACUCCACACCAGGUCCUCUCUUGUGUCACAUUUGGAUCUUCAAAUGUGACCCCACAAGUUUAGGAUCCAUUUCACGCUCGCAUAAUGCCCCCCUGUUCUGUUUGGCUUAUAAAACUGUCAUAGAGAAGAAACAGGUUUAUUAUUUUUGUGAAUGGAUUAGGACUGGGGAAAAUUUUUAAUAACUGGCCUAAGUCGACUUCAAAAAUAGGUCGACGGAAAAUGUUUGCCUCAACGCUCCGCCAGGAUCCCCCCCCCCCCCCUAAAAAGUACUGACCGGAACCAUGUUUGCACCACCACAACCCAUGUUUCACAUGGACAUUUAUUGCAGACGGACACAGUGUUGGGCCAAAAACAACAAAGUAGCGUCAGAGAUGUAUGAGUGAACUGAAUGGUAGUUAUCAUUUUUUGUCCUACAAUAGUAAUCGCAAGCGCUCUAAUGCUAAUCACGAUUGCUAACUGAUUAGCAUUUACGAGUUUACUGUCACAAAUUCUCUCAUCUGAUUUAUACCAUAACUCAGUACCAACAUAUGCAGUUUAAAGAUUGAACUCCGUCCCUCAUAACUGAGAAUAAAAUGCAUGUUAGUAGUAUUUUUAUUUAUUUAUUUAUUUAGUAAUAGUGGAGGGGGCGAUUAUUUUAUGAUAAAUAAUCAAUAGGAGAAUCGAUUCCAAAAAGAUUCGAUAUUGACAGCCCUAGAGUAGAUAUGGACAUGUGGACUUCCAAAAGCGUUACUACGGUGUGAAUCAUUUAUAACGGGGUUUCUUAAACUUUUCGGGUACAGGGGAGAAAUUUCCCACCUUGUAAUGUCAUCAGGCAGGAGGCAGGGUACACCCUGAACUGAUUGCCAGCCAAUCGCAGGGCACAUACAAACAAACAACCAUUCGCACUCACAGUCACACCUACGGGCAAUUUAGAGUCUCCAAUUAAUGCAUGUUUUUGGGAUGUGGGAGGAAACCCACACAGGCACGCGGAGAACAUGCAAACUCCACACAGGCGGGGCCGGGGAUUGAACCCGGGUCCUCAGAACUGUGAGGCUGACGCUCUAACCAGUCGGCCACCGUGCCUGGCUGUGAACAGAGGAGUUAUUUUACUGAAUGACAGUCAGUGUUGCCAAUUUAGCAAUUAGGUCGCUAUAUUUAGUGACUUUGCCGACCGCUGUAACAACUAUUCUUUUUAAAAGCGACUCAAGAAUUUAGUAGGAAACAAAAUUUACUGAAUUAUUCUUGCAUUGUUUAGCGUAUGACAAGAAAAGAGAGCCCAGUCGAAGGCAAUCAAGCAGUCAAUCUCAAUCAAUGUUACCAUAGACAUUGGCCCUCAUUCAUAAACAGUGAAUACACACAAAGUUGUGCUUAAAUCGUGGGUACAAACUUCCAUCCAUCCAUUUUCUUCACAGCUUAUUCUCACAAGGGUCGGAGAGGGGGGAAGGGGUGGACCCUACAUUUGCCACAUAAAUGUUCUUUCUUGAGAGAAUGUGGGUUGCCCCCCACAAAGAAAAUAACUAUUUCUGACCAAAAAGUGGAGCAAACAAGCUUUUUGUGAAAAGAAAGAUGUCAAGCAUAACUGACUUUGUGACACUUCAAGCUAUAAAACACCAAAAGCAAGACUGAGAAAGGUCUGUUGAUGGCAAAAUUAUUUAUUUAGAAUUACAACAAUGAAACACACCGUGAGCAAAGCUGACUCACCGCAUGGCUCCCGUUGAAUAUCAGUGGAUUUUUUUACCUCGUUCACCAUUCACUCCAUAAACUGCAUCAUGUUUUCUCACAAUCGUGAAACAUGCUAUCUACUACUUUAAAUAUACCAUAAAUAUCUGUUUGCGUGUCAGAUGCUUAAACUUGUCUCACUUCCAAUGUGUUGGCGUUUUUCUUCAUAAUAAUCGACGUGACAGACUGAAAACUUUGUCUAAUCAUUCAUUGUCUUCGUGCUGAUCUCAAAUCCAAAGCAGUGCAAUGCCACCAUCUACAUGGAUCUGUUAGUCAUUACAGUGGGUUACAAACCUGAAUUUCACAGGCGAGGUGGGUGAGACCUUCUUCCACGCCUACCUGUUAGAAAAAUGUGCUAGACGAACAUAUUCGCCAGUGGCAGUAAACGGUUGGAUUCUACUUGACGAAUAUAUACUUCAGUUGGUUUAUUAUGUUUGUUUUAUUGGCAUGGACUUAUUUAAAUAGUAGCACAUAUCAGUGCCAGUAUGAGAACCCCUGCUUUACAGAAUAUUUUCUUCCUGUGUUGUCUUGUCACCUGCAGGCCCAGCACUGAGACUUACGAGAUAAUGUUCUCCCUGCAUAGCAGACACUCACACUCUCCCACCCUCAUAACCCAAACACACCACCAAGACUGUGACUCCACUAACACACACUUUUAAUUGACAUUAAAGGCUGUAAAAUAAUGCUUCAGUGCCACACAUUCCUCUGUGCCAAAGCGGGGGAAACGAUAAAGAUCUCAGUGUCGCAGUUCCGUUAUUAUACUCGAUAUAUUAAUGGGUCACAUGGUGGACAAAUUGUUAGCAUGUCUGCCUCACAGUCGAGAGGUCCUGCAGGGUUUGAAUCUCAGUUUUCUCCGGGUGCUAUGGCUUCCUCACACUUUCCCAAAACAUGCAUGUUAGCACGUAGCAUGAAGUCUCAAUUGUCCAUAGGUGUGAAUGUGAGUGUGAACGCUUGUCUGUAUGUGUACUGCGAUUGUCUCCAGUUCACCGGCCACCCUAAUGGGGACAAACGCUAUUUAAAAAAAUAAAAUGGUUGGAUUUACUGCGAUUGGCUGGCAACCAGUUCAGGGUGUACCCCGCCUCCGGCCCAAUGAUAGCUGGGAUAGGCUCCAGACCUUUGUGAGGAUAAGUGGCUCAGAGAAUGGAUGGAUGGAUGCUUGGGUUUAUUAAAGUAGCAGCCAAGCAUGAAACUGGAGCUCUUUAGUGAGCUGUAAAGUCAGCUGCUUUCCCUUUACACCGUUCUUGCUAUUAAGUGAAAAUGGUGUUCGGUUUUAUUUGACACUGUAAACAAAUGAACGCCUGGUGUAUUAAGCUUGCCCUAUAAAUCUCAAGUGGUGCAUAGAUUUAUUAAAUCAUUGCAGAGCAAAGGCUGGUGGAGCUGACAUUUCGACGCAUCAUAUUAUCUGAUUGCAGGAAGUAAUGCAGUGCUAAAUUUCAUAUGUCAAAUGUAUUUGCUGACCUCAAGUGGCCUCCAACGUAAUCACACAUUUCAGAUUCUAAUAAGUGUAUCGUUUUGAUUGCGUGUUUUAAUGAGUUAGAAACGUCAACAGCAAUUUAAAAGGGUUAUAUCCAUCACAUCAAACUUUAUU